AUGAGUCUUUACAGUGGAAUCAAGCCUCAUCAGUGCAAUAUGUUUGAAAUACCAUUUACACAAUCAGGUCACCUGCAGAAUCACAUGAGGACUCACAGUGGAAUCAAGCCUCAUCGCUGCAUUGUGUGUGAGAAAACAUUUACAAAAUCAAGUGACCUGCAGGAACACAUGAGGAUUCACACAGGAAUCAAGCCCUAUGAAUGUAAUCUAUGCUUGAAAAAAUUUGCACGAUCAGAUAACCUGCAGAGACACAUGAGGAUUCACAGUAGAAUCAAACUUUAUGAAUGUAUCGAAUGCUUGAAAACAUUUACAUGUUCAGGUGAUCUGAAGACACACAUGAGUAUUCACACAGGAAUCAAGCCCUAUGAAUGUAAUGUAUGCUUGAAAAAAAUUACACGAUCAGAUAACCUGCAGAGACACAUGAGGAUUCACAGUGGAAUCAAGCCUUAUGAAUGUAUCAAAUGCUUGAAAAAUUUUACAGAAUCAAGUCAACUGCAGACACACAUGAGGAUUCACAGUGGAAUGAAACCUCAUGAAUGUAUCAAAUGCUUGAAAAAAUUUACACGUUUAGGCAAUCUGAAGGUACACAUGAGGAUUCACAGUGGAAUCAAGCUCUAUGAAUGUAUUGAAUGCUUGAAAAAAUUUACUCGAUCGAGUAACCUGCAGAAACACAUGAAGAUUCACAGUGGAAUGAAGCCUCAUGAAUGUGUUGAAUGUGGGAGAAAGUUUACACGUUCAAGUGACCUUGAAGAACACAUGAGAAUUCACAGUGGAAUUAAGCCUUAUGGAUGAGUUGAACAUGGGAACAAAUUUACAAAGACAUACACGUGACGAUUCACAGUGGAAUCAAGCCUCAUCAGUGCAUUGUGUGAGAAAACAUUUACACAAUCAGGUAAUCUUCAGAAACACAUGAGUAUUCA